UCAAAUUCUUGAUUAGCCUCCAAAUAGUGCCACUCAAAGUUCGAAGAGCUGGAAGAAGUAGAAGAAAGACUCGUUUCACUGGUUCAAAAAUGUCCAAAUCUGAGAAUCCUUCAACAAAUCCAUGGCCAUAUAAUCACUCAUUCGUUUCUUCCAUCUUCAACAAUCUCCUUCAUUCUCUCAAAAGUUCUCACUUUUGCAGCUCUUUCACCCAAUGGCAGCCUCAAUUACGCCAAACGGGUACUUACCCAAAUCCCAAAUCCUAGUAUAUUUUCAUAUAAUUCUCUCAUUAGAGGUUUUCUUGAAUCUCAUAUCGCUUCUAACGAACCCCUUUUCAUAUUCAAGAAAUUGCUCAAGAGAAAUUACCCGAAAACGAAUAGUUUCACUUUGGCGUUUGUGUUGAAGUCGUGUUCUAUUUUGGCGGCGUUUGAUGAGGGGCAACAAGUGCAUAAGCAUGUUGUUCAAUCUGGGUUUGGAUCGAGUCCCUUUGUUCAGACUUCGUUGUUGAAUUUAUAUGCGAAAUGUGAGGAAAUUGGGUUGGCGGAGAAGGUGUUUGAUGAAAUUCCUGAGAGAAAUGUGGUUGCUUGGAGUGCAAUGAUUAGUGGGUAUUCAAGACUUGGGAUGGUUAAUGAGUCUUUUAGUUUGUUUAGGGAAAUGCAGAAGACGGGUGUUUUGCCUGAUAAGGUUACAAUGGUGAGUGUGAUUUCGGCUUGUGCUAUGUCUGGGGCGUUAGAUUUGGGGAGGUGGGUGCAUGCGUAUAUCGACAAGCAAUCGAUUGAGAAUGAUCUUGAGCUUAGUACUGCGCUUGUUAAUAUGUAUGCGAAGUGUGGAUACAUUGAAAAGGCAAUCGAAGUAUUCGAAGCAAUGCCUUUUAAAGAUGCCAAGGCUUGGAGCUCAAUGAUAGUUGGCUUGGCAGUAAAUGGGCUCGCGGAAUAUGCACUGGUGACCUUUUCCAGGAUGAACAAAGCUAAGGUAGAACCUAACCAUGUGACACUAGUUGGGGUUCUUAUGGCAUGUGCCCAUAGUGGACUAGUUUCUGAAGGGAAAAGGUAUUGGGCAAGCAUGGUUGAGUCUGGGAUUGAGCCAUCUUUAGAGCACUAUGGCUGCAUGGUAGAUUUGUUGAGCCGUUCAAACUUAAUUGAUGAAGCUUAUUCAUUCGUUGAAUCCAUGCCACUUGCCCCAUGUCCAGCAAUAUUGCGUACAUUGCUUGUUGGGUGCAAAAAGAACAAAAUCUUGGACAAAGGUGAAAUUCUAGGUCAGCAUCUCAUUGAAUUAGAACCGUGGAAUGCGGAGAACUAUAACCUACUCUCUAGUCUGUAUGCAUCAGUAUCAGACUGGGAGAAAAUGCGGCACGUGAGAAAACAGAUGAAAGACAAAGGUAUUAAGGCUAUGCCAGGAUGCAGUUCCAUUGAAGUUGACGGUUUUGUGCACGAGUUUGUGAUGGGUGAUUGGUCACACCCUGAAGCAGAGGAGAUCAAAGAGUUCCUAAGGGAUAUAUCUCAAAGGGUAUACUCUGCAGGACAUGAACCUUGGAUUGCUCCUAUUCUGCAUAAUGUGAGUGAUGAAGAGAAGGAGAUUGCACUUUGUGAGCACAGUGAAAGGUUAGCUAUUGCUUUUGGCCUUUUGAAGACAAAAGCACCAACAGUGAUUAGGAUAGUGAAGAACCUUAGGGUUUGUAGGGAUUGCCAUGAAGUGACGAAGAUAAUUAGUAGCUUAUACAACAGAGAGAUAAUUGUUAGGGACAGAGUUAGGUUUCACAGAUUUGUAAACGGCGCUUGUUCUUGCAGAGAUUUUUGGUAAAUAUCAUUCCAUUGACAAUA